AAGGAACCAGGCCUCUCUCUCUGCUUCCUCCUCUACGCAUCCCGACCACAACAACCCCCGUGUCUGACUCUGCGGGAAGAGGCCGAGUCCGAGCCAGGGCCGAAGAUGCCUCUGGGCCUGAAGCCGACAUGCAGCGUGUGCCGCACCACCUCCUCCUCCAUGUGGAAGAAGGGCAGCCAGGGGGAGAUCCUCUGCAACAACUGCACCGGCCGCCCUGGGCCUCCCGCGGGGGCCUCCUCCUCCUACGCAGCAGCCGCCGCCGCCGCCGCAGGGGCCCAGCAGAGCAACGGAGGAGGAGGAGGCGGCGGAGGGGGGAAGAGUAAGCAAGAAAUUCACAGAAGAUCUGCUCGAUUAAGGAACACCAAAUACAAGUCUGCUCCUGCUGCUGAAAAGAAAGUGUCUACUAAAGGAAAAGGGAGAAGGCAUAUUUUUAAGUUAAAAAACCCCAUCAAAGCUCCAGAGUCUGUAGCCACCAUAAUUACAGCAGAAUCUAUCUUCUAUAAGGGAGUUUACUAUCAGAUUGGAGAUGUUGUUUCAGUCAUUGAUGAGCAGGAUGGUAAAACAUACUAUGCUCAGAUUAGAGGUUUUAUUCAAGACCAAUACUGUGAAAAAAGUGCAGCUUUAACAUGGCUCAUUCCUACUACAGCUAGUCCCAAAGACAGUUUUGACCCUGCAACUUACAUAAUAGGACCAGAAGAAGAUCUUCCGAGAAAAAUUGAUUACUUAGAAUUUGUUUGUCAUGCACCUUCAGAAUAUUUCAAAUCUCGAUCGUCUCCUUUUCCUACCAUUCCUACUAGGCCAGAAAAAGGUUAUAUCUGGACUCAUGUUGGGCCUACUCCAGCAAUUUCCAUCAAGGAAACUGUUGCCAGCAGCUUGUAGUUUGUCUUGCUUUAGAGACUCCUUUUAUAUGCAUUUUAAAAUCACAACCAAUAUGUUGUUUUAGUUUAUUUAGUUAUCCCUAUAAAUGCUUUUAUUUAUUGUUUACAUUUCGGUGCCUUUGUUAAAAUUAAAGUAUCUUCUCCUUAAA